ACAUUUUCUUUUGCCUUUUCUUUACUGCCUGCCACAAACAUGCCUUGGUGCUGCUAUUUUGGCCUGGGUCACCUGUUGACCUGACAGGCAAGUGUCAGAGGAGAGCACACAUGUCAGCUGCAGGUGGAAACUCUCAGCAGGCAACAGUGCUGUGGUUCUGGCUGGCACAGUUGGAGCCUAAGACAACACAGCACCAAGUGACUGCAGAUUUUGCCGGUGUCUUGGAGUUUGCCUAAAGGUUUCAUGAGGUUCAGCGUGACACAGUUAAGCAAUUAACUUGGGCAGCAGUCUGGAGGUUUCCCAACCCUCUGAAGAUGUACGGCCUGUAUUUGGAAGCAGUGAACGAUUACAUUAACGAAUCCUAUGGAGAGGAUGUGUGGAGGCUGAUUGAGAACCGAGCGGAGAUACCCCACCUCAAGUUUGUCAGACAUCAAAUGUACAAUGACAACCUGAUCCUGCGGUUGGCAAAGGCAGCAGGCGAGGUUCUGGGAAAGACCCACGAUGAGCUCAUGUACGCCUUUGGGGUCUAUAUGGUCAAGAGGAUUGGAAACUAUGGAUAUGAGCGGAUCCUGAAGGUAUUGGGGCGAAAUGUGCGUGACUUCAUCAACGAGCUGGACAACUUGCACGAAUAUUUCCGCUUUUCCUUCCCCAAAGUGCAGCCACCGAGUUUCUGCGUGGAGGAGGAGUGCGAGACAAGCCUCACUCUGCACUACCGCAGCACCCGCAAGGGCUUCACCCAGUUUGUCAAAGGGCAGCUCUCUCAAGUGGGACGGCAAUUCUACAACACAGAUAUCGAAGUGGAAAUCCUGUCUAAAGAGGAAACCGAGAAAAUGACGUAUGUGGUUUAUAAGAUGAACUUUGACAAUGCUGCCUUCAAGCACCGCAUGCCCCAGCAGAAGACAGCACCUAGCUAUGAAAAGCUGCCAAUGAAGCGAGGCAUCUUCUUCGACAUGUUCCCCUUUAGCGUCAUCUUCCGCCGCGACAUGACCAUGUAUCGCAUCGGCGACGGCCUGAAAGAGGUCUUUUCUGACCUCCAGGGAAAGAAGGUCAACGAAGAGUUCACUCUGGUCAGACCCAUGCUGGAGUUCAGCUGGGAUAAUAUCUACACCCAUUUGAACAAUGUGUUUGAGCUUUUGUCUAAAGCUGUGGUAGAGAGCAAGCAGAAGGUCAACAUCCCCAAGCUGAGCAAGGAAGAGCCGGACGAGAAGGAGGAGAAUGAGAAAGCAAAAAGGGAAGAAGAAAUGGAGCCAAAGGCAGUGGAGGAGAUGAAGGGCACAGACCAAGAGUACAGCAGCGCUCUCACCCAGUACAACAGUUCUGCCAACUCUGGAGGCGAGGAUAUCGAACUGCUGGCAUUCCAGACAGUCACCGGAAAGUGUAGCGAGACCAUCUUUGAAGACAUGCGGGAGCCUCCAAAGAAGCCUUUACAUCUGAAGGGCCAGAUGAAAUAUGUCCCUCAGUGGGACUCCCUCAUCUUCCUAGGGACACCCAUUAUAGAGACUGUGGAGGACAUGAUAAAGAUGGGUGUGUAUGUGAACGAUCUGAAUCUGCAUGACUCCAGCAGAGAGCUGAUUUUGGCUGGGACACAGCAGUCAGCUGAGCUGCAGUUGGCCCUCGAUCAGGAGCAACAAAAAUAUGCUCAGCUGCAGGAAAUUAUCAAGAAGCUGGAUGAAGAAAAGAAGAGGGGGGAUUCUUUGCUGUACGCCAUGAUCCCUAAAGCUGUGGCUGACCGCCUUAGGAAGGGAAUCACGGCUCUGGAGACAUGCCAGGUCUUCCCAGAUGUGACCAUCCUGUUCAGCGACGUGGUCAAGUUUAACGAGAUCUGCAUCCACAUCACACCCAUGCAGGUGGUGGACAUGCUGAACGAGAUCUACAUCGUCUUUGACACACUGAGCGAGAAGCACAACGUCUACAAAGUGGAGACGAUCCGUGAUGCCUACAUGGUGGUAGCAGGCGUUCCCAACAAGACAACCUUUCACGCGCACCAUAUCUGCGACAUGGCCCUGGACAUGCUGAGCUCCAUCGACCACCUUAAAGACCCCUCCACCGGAGAUAAUAUCCAGAUCAGAGUCGGUAUUCACUCUGGUAUGGUGGUGGCUGGAGUUGUGGGUCUGAAGAUGCCUCGCUACUGUCUGUUUGGUGACACUGUCAACACAGCCUCAAGGAUGGAGAGCAAUGGAGUGGGCAUGCAGAUACACAUCAGUCAAACCACCAAAGACCACCUGGAGCAUGAGCCCUAUAUCAUCGAGGAAAGGGGCAAAAUCUUUGUAAAGGGUAAAGGCUACAUGAAGACCUACUGGCUGAAAGGAAAGAAAGAUCUAUCGUUCAAGACCCCGGCAGAGCUGCGCUACAGCAGUGAACAGAAAGACUCUGAGGACAAGAGCUCUAAUGGUUCCACAAGCACUAAUGCCAAAUGCAAGGCUUCCAACCUCCACAUCACUAGCAGUGAGGAGCAAGCGGAAGGGAAACCAAGCCCAAGCAACCUCCCACUGGACACCCUGCCCACACCAGAGGCCGCUAACGAACCCCCCACCAUUUCAUCUGAGUCUCAGGAGAAGGAGAAAGCCAAAAAGACUAAAAACAACAAGGGGGCCAAAUUGGAUGUGCCCCAGGGAAAUGCAAAUCCGGAGUCUUCACCGGCUGCCGACGGCCAGGAGAACCCAGGUCCUCUGCUCAACAACAAGAGAAACAGCCUAAGACAGCAGUACGCCAAGCUGCCCGCCAACCUGCCCAUGCGCAGUGCUGCCUGUUGCAUUCUGUGAGCAGAUUGUUGUAGGGUGAGAACAGUCCAGCAUGUGACAAGGGUUUGAUACUGAAAAUGUAAUUGAAAUUGAGUCACAGGCAAGACAAAGCAGGCACCGUGGUCACUGAUGAUUUUCAUUUGAACAAAUUCCAGUUAAUUAAAAAUACUGAGUGAUAUAAACCACCAACAUUUCCCACUUAAAACUACUUAGAUUAAGGCAAACUUUGUGCAACAGUCAGCGAAUGGAAACGGUGCUGUUAUGCUGAUUGCUUAAUAAAAGCCUACUACACUCAAAACACUGGAUUUAAUUUUUAAAAAAUAACAGAUGGAGAACAUUUUCAUGUUGUUCAUUUGCUUCAGUGAUUUCAUGCAUCCAAAUGUUAAAAAGUUUUUUUUUUUCCAGUUCUAUCCUCACCCUGAAUACUGAGAAUUUUACAGGUUUCACAACCUGCUUUCCUUAUGUCAACUGUUUAAAAAAAAAAAGGAAGUACAACAUCCUCAACAUGAAAACAGCACAGACAAACAGAACACAUUUACAACUGGUAAUGGCAGCCAUCAGAAUGAGUUUAUUUCUAUCUACCUUGUGCUGUUUGCUGUACUGUUUUGUAGCAUUCAUAAAUUCAGUGCUGUUACUUCUACAGAAAUUGUAUUAAAAUGUAUAAUGAGAACAAAUUACAGGAUAUUUUUUGGAAAAUCAAGAAAUUUAAGCAAGCCAUUUUACACAAGUUUUAUACCGUUUUCAUCUGAGCUGGGAGAUUUCACAGUCUAUGGAUGCUUCAUGUAAUUCACUGAGAGUAGCCGUCAUCAGAGGUUGUAUUCGAUCUUGUUUAAACUGGCUGUAUGGUAUUUCUGUAGACAUUUGGUGGCACAGUAUUGUCUUAGAGGUCUGGUUCUACUUUUUGUAUGUACCUACAUUUGAUUCACUGUAUGACAGCGUUUCUUGAUAUAAAACUGUAUGUACAGCCAUGAAA